CAUUCAAUCUUCAUAGACAUCGCCGGACGGCAGCCUUUUCCCUUCCCUUCCGGAGCUGCUAAUUCCUCAGCCAGCGUCUCUCUUACCGUUACCGAUCAAAGCCCUUAGAUCUUCUUUCUCUUCUUCCGAGAGUCGUUAAUUCUUUAUCAAUCAGCUUGAUUUCGUCUCCUUGAAUAUCAUCGUUAAGGGGGAGAUGGACGAUAGCUGUGCUGUAUGCGCUGAGCGUUUGGAAUGGGUCGCCUACGGUGACUGCGGUCAUCGGGAAGUGUGCUCGACGUGCGUGGCUCGCCUCCGCUUCAUCUGCGAGGAUCGCCGCUGCUGCAUCUGCAAGACAGAAUGCAACGUUGUUUUUGUCACCAAGGCCUUAGGGAAUUAUACAAGUAUGAUCAAUGACUUUUCUGCCUUGUCAUCUGAGUUAAGGGAGGGUAAAGGGGGACCAUAUUGGUACCAUGAAGAUACACAAGCAUUUUUUGAUGAUGUGAACCACUACAAGAUGAUCAAGGCAAUGUGCAGACUCUCGUGCAGUGUAUGUGACAAGAUGGAUGAGCAACCAAAUGAUGGAUCCAAGCGUCGGGCAAAGUUUAGGAACAUUGAGCAGUUGAAGGGUCAUUUGUUUCAUCGUCAUAAGUUGCUUAUGUGCAGCCUAUGUUUGGAAGGACGGAAGGUGUUUAUUUGUGAACAAAAGUUAUAUACCCGAGCGCAGCUCAAUCACCAUAUAAGCACAGGUGAUAGUGAUGUGGAUGGUAGUGAGAGUGACAGAGGUGGCUUCAAUGGGCAUCCUACGUGUGAAUUUUGCAGGACCCCGUUCUAUGGGGAUAAUGAAUUAUACUCACACAUGUCCACAGAGCACUAUACCUGUCAUAUAUGCCAAAGGCAACAUCCUGGACAAUAUGAAUAUUAUAAAAACUAUGAUGAUCUAGAGAUUCAUUUUCGCCGAGAUCAUUAUCUAUGUGAGGAUGAAGCCUGCCUUGCCAAAAAGUUUAUUGUCUUUCUAUCUGAAGCUGAACUGAAGAGGCAUAAUGCCAUUGAACAUGGAGGGCAUAUGUCUCGUGCAAAGCGAAAUGCUGUUCUUCAGAUACCGACUAGCUUCCGAUAUCGUCGAAGUAAUGAAGAUAAUCGUCGUGGAAGGGGGCGGACAUUUUGCCCUGAACCCUCUGAUUAUCAGCUUUCCAUGGCCAUUGAGGCAAGUUUGGUGGAGACAGCUGGUGAACCAUCAUCAUCAAGUGGGCAGUUGGUUUCUGAUCAUGGAGAUUCAAACAAUAUUGAUCCCAUUAUUCAGUCUUUUGAGUCAUUGUCAGCAACAGAUUCUGAGCCAUCUUCAAGAUACCUUCAAGCAGUUGCACAAGGCUCCAGAGGUGUACCUUUGGAAGAAUCUUCUUUUCCCCCUCUUUCCAUGGCUCCCAGUUUAAGUCAACAAAGUGCUACACCUAACUCUGAUGCUUUGCCUAGUAAUACCAUGGCAGCACAUCUAAAGCGCCAGAGAAAAGUAAAUGUUAUCAAUUCAGCUCAGGCAUGGCCAGUGGCAACUCGCAGACCAGUGCAACCAUCAAGUGGUCCAGUCCGAUCCAGACCAACGGCACCUGCAACAUCACAUGGUGCUAGCAGUGGAGCUGUAGUGUUGAGCUAUGCAAGUUCAGCUCUGGGAAAGGCUCAAUCAACAACAGUUAAUGGAUUGGUUUCAUCAGGUUCUACUUGGGCAAGCUCCGGCAACACUGGUAGGAUCAGCCACUCUGCAUCUGCCCCAAAUCUUGCUGAUAGUCAACCUUCAAUACCUUCUGCUUCUGAUUUCCCUCCAGUUUCUGCAACCCAAAUGCGGAAGUUGCCCUCAAGCAGCCAAGCCCAAUUGAAUGUGGAAGAUGUUCAUACAGCAAACAAAUCUUUGGUUGAAAAGAUGCGUGCUGCUCUAGAAUAUGAUGAAGACAAAUACACUGCUUUUAAAGACAUUUCUGGGCAGUAUCGUCAGGGUUUAAUUGACACAGGAAAAUAUUUAGAUUAUGUACAGCAGUAUGGAUUGUCACAUCUACUGCUUGAGCUGGCUAGACUGUGCCCUGAUGUGCAUAAGCAGAGAGAACUGAUUGAGACUCACAAUGCUAGCAUGCGAAGCAAUGGUCUGCAAGAGAAAAGUGGUGGCGAUGGCAAUAUUUGGCUGACAGAUGAUAAUGGCUCUAGGAAAGGGAAAGGGAAAGGGAAAGGGAAAGGGAAAGGGAAGUCUCCAGUUGCUGAAGAUGGUAAUUCUAAGGACACACUACCUGAUAGUACAAUAAGCACUGUCCAGAAACUGCAGUCCAGUUACAAUCCUUUAGAAGAAGAGGUGGAGGUGCUAUCAAAGGAAGGGUACCGUUCUACUCAAGGCAAAUCUAAGGUUGAACUGAGUUCUCACAAUCAACCUGCGAUUCAAAUUGGGAACAAGAACGAUUCCGUUUCUACUGGAGGUGGAUCAGGGGUUGGUAGCGGUAAGCAGCGGAAGAAAACUUUAAAAUUCCAUAGACUUCGGCUUGGUGAUGGCUCAAUGGAAGCAAUCUCAGGUCUCAAAAAUUCUGAGCCAGACCCUGAAACUGAAAAGCUAGACCAUAGGUUAGAUGGUAACGAAGACCCAACUGGAGGAUUACCUGUACGUGGCGUUUGGAAGACUGGAGGAGGUCACAAACUUUUUUCUUAGAUUUUCCUGAAGAUAAGAAAGUAGUUCGAGUUUUGCCAAGUUGUGUCGGAAAUGCUGGUAUAUAAAUUUCCAUUGCCUGGAUUGUUGGAAGUGUUACUGCAAUUAUUACUCAAUUGAGUUGGCUUUUGUUCAGGUGUUUGGAUUAUAGAUUUUGUCCAAGUAUUCACAUUUUCUUUCAAAAUAAAAGUACAUACAGAGU